AUGAAAAUUUUACCCAUAAAAAUGGCGAAUUUAAAAGACUAUGAAAUUCAAAAUAAUGACAAAAAUAACAUUACUUAUACUAAUAAGAAAUCAAAAUUAAUUAGAACAGAAAAUUCGAUUGAUGAUAAUAAGCUUAAAAUAAUAACAAACAAGAAAGUUGAUAAAGACUCGAUAGAUGUUAUACUUGAUAACAAAUCAAUAGAAAAUUUUGAAGAAAGUGAAGAAAAAAGCUCUUGGGGAAUUGUAAGAAGUGAUGGUACAUUUAGGACUGAUUCUUUGCCACAAACCUCGGAAACAGUGUUUAAUCCAGUCAGAUCAAAACCACGAGCUCAAAUUCCGUUUACAAAGGAAGAGCAAACUUAUUUAAUAGGAAAAGUAGAAGAAUAUGGAGAUUGUUGGAAGUUUAUUUUAAAUUUUGGAUUAAAAGAAAAAGUCUUUCAUCCAGAAAGAAGAACAAUUGAUUUGAAACAUAAAAUUGAAUUAAUCCGAAAGAAUGCUUCUUAUCAUAGGGCAGUUCUUAAAACAUGGGAUUUGAUAUCAAUAAAUGGAGAGCAAAUUUUUGAUAAUGAAAAUAAAAGGUACAACACAUUAAAAAAGUUUCCUGCAAUUGCUGUUAAAAGAUUUGUAACAUUAACAGUAUUAGAUCAUUUAAAUAGAUAUAUAAUGACAGUGGCAGAUAAAUGUAAUUUAUCUGUAACUCAUAGUUAUAGAGUGGAUGUUAUUGAAGCUAAAAAAGGCAAAAAAUAUGUAAUAAGAAAAGUUAAAAAUGGAUAA